ACCUUCUUUCUUAUUCUUCUCAUCAUAGCUUGCUAUCGAUAGUUGAGUUGAAUCUCGAAUUGAUUGCUUCACCUUCUCUUCAGGGGACCAUUGCCGCCUCUUUUUCCCCUUCUUCUCGAGAUAAAACGAGCUCGCGUCCACAAGACCUUCGUUUUUGUCUUCUCUACAGAUGGUUGAAAGUUGCAGAAAGAUGAGAAAAAUGGAGUGCAAAGCUGCCAUUCAAGAGUCCAGCAGAACGAGAGAAUAGAAUUUGUCAGAGCUUUAUGAAGAAAAUGUCUGGGUUGCUCAAUUCGCAACUUAACGGUUCAGCAUCAAACUUCCCUGAAUCCACAGGCAGGCCAUUCACAAAUUCAUUUUCUGCCCAAUCUGCAACUGCCCAAGGAUUUCAUCCCUCAGGGUUGCACAAUGUAAGUGGAAGCUUCAACAUACCCAAUAUGUCGGCAUCACUUGCAUCACGCAAUGUAGCAUUGAGUGGUGUUCCAUCGAGUGGUGUUCAGCAACCUGGGGGAAGCAUCUCUAGUGGACGUUUUGCGUCCAACAAUCUUCCAGUUGGUUUAUCUCAGAUUUCACACGGAAGCUCACAUGGACAUUCAGGAGUUACUAGUCGUGGGGGUAUAAGUAUUGUAGGAAGCCCUGGUUUUAGUAGCAGUUUGAAUGGAGUUGGUGGUUCACUCCCUGGAAUUUCGUCAAACUCUGUCAUUUCUAGUAACCGUAACUCUGUCCCUGGGAUGGGCACGUCGCCAAUUUUGGGCAAUAUAAGUUCAAGAGCUGCUAACUCACUGGGUAACAUAGUCAAUGGUGGCAACAUGGGGAGAAGCAUAAGCACUAGUGGAGCUCUUCCUGCUCUAGCAUCACGUGGGAGUUUUGGAGGAAAUAUUGGUUCAGGUAGUCUUAAUUUACAAGGGACCAAUCGGUUGAUGGGGAGCAUGCUUCAACAAGCGCCUCAAAUGCUUGGCAUGCUUGGGAAUUCUUAUCCUUCCUCUGGAGGACUGUUAUCUCAGAAUCAUUUACAAGCAGGAAACAGCGCAUUAACCUCCAUGGGUAUACUCAAUGAUAUCAAUUCGAAUGAUAGUUCUCCAUUUGACAUGAAUGACUUUCCUCAGUUAACAGGGCGACCAAGUUCUUCUGGAGGGCCACAAGGGCAAUUGGGUUCAUUAAGGAAGCAAGGAAUCAGCUCUAUUGUCCAACAGAACCAGGAAUUUAGCAUUCAAAAUGAAGAUUUUCCAGCAUUACCUGGAUUUAAAGGUGGUAGCUCAGAUUUUUCCAUGGAUUUGCAUCAGAAGGAACAACUUCAUGAAAAUGUCUCAAUGCUUCAAUCGCAACAUUUCCCUAUGGCAAGGUCAGUCGGUUUCAACUUGGGAGGUGCUUACCCAUCUGCUCGUCAACAACAACAGCAGCUUGCUACUGCUGCUAGUACUGCUGGUGUUACUUUUAAACCCGGAAACAAUCAAGAGCUUCUCCAUUUGCAUGGUUCUGACUUGUUUUCUUCCUCAAAUGGGAGCUAUCAGUCUCAAGUUCAACCCAAUGGUCUCCCUAGCAUUGGAUUUAGACCAUCGAGCUCUCCAAGUCCAGCUUCCAGUAUUGGAUCAUAUGACCAGAAUUUUCAGCAAUACCAACACGCCCAGAAUCAAUCUCAGCAACAAUUGCAACAGGUGUCUUCUGUUGCUCACUCAUAUAGAGAUCAGAGUCUGAAAUCUUUGCAAGUAUCACAAACUCCAACAGAUCGAUUUGGUUUGCUUGGUUUGCUAAGUGUCAUAAGGAAGAAUAAUCCAGAUCUAACUUCCCUUGCCUUGGGGAUAGAUUUAACCACCCUAGGAUUAAAUUUAAACUCAAAUGAUAAUCUUCACAAGAAAUUUAGUUCCCCAUGGUCUGAUGAGCCCUUGAAAGGGGAGCCUGAAUGUAGUGUCCCUUCAUGCUACUAUGCCAAACAGCCUCCCCCACUUCAGCAAAGACAUUUUUCAAAGUUUCAGUUGGGAACGCUGUUUUAUAUCUUUUACAGCAUGCCAAAGGAUGAGGCUCAAAUAUAUGCUGCUUAUGAACUAUAUUUGCGGGGUUGGUUUUACCACAAAGAAGCUCAAUUGUGGUUCACUGGGAUUCCUAACAUGGAGCCUCUUGUCAAGACCCAUACCUAUGAGCGAGGGGCAUAUUUUUGCUUUGAUCCGAGCACAUGGGAAACUAUUCGGAAGGAAAAUUUUGUUGUUCAUUAUGAAUCAGUGGAGAGGAAUCCUACUCUUCCAACACAGCAUUAACCUUUCAUGUGAAGAUUAGAUAUGCUUCCAUUGUGGCUAAAUUACUAGUCUUCUAUGUCAGUUGUGAAGGCUCUCCUUGCCUUGUGAGCUGAUUGAUAAUUUCUUGGCAAUUCUGCUCUCAUGUAUAGUUUAAAUAGUUCGCUUUUUCUACCAGUUUAUGACUUUUUUUUUUCUUCUGUACUGAUAACUGAUCUAACAAAUGCAUUUUAUUAUGAGAGUUGAUAGUUUGCAAAUAGAGGUGCAGAAAGCUUAAUAUUCUAUGUAUUUGAUUUCAGUUUUAGCACAAACAGAGUAUUAAAUAUGAGAAUUGUACGC